AUGAGAAACAGAAUGAUUUCUUGCUCGUCCCUCUGCGGAUUCCUGCUCAUUACAGCCGCCCUCACUUCAACUCUCUUCCUACCCUCUAAAACAACUCUGGCUGCCCGUGAACUCGCAGAUUACUACCCAUCAGACGACGACGACAAGGACCUAAGCAAAGGGCUUGUCUGGGGAAGCCACUCGACCAACUCCGGUUCGGCGACCGGGGACAGCUCAGCCUCCUCUACGUUCCAGGACCCGCCGCCGACGAGUCGUAUGAUUGACAGUCAGCUGAAUGGGCCGCCGAGCUUUUCGCCGUCCAACUUUCAGAACGAUUCCACCACCACCACUACGACUAUGGCUAGUAGCGGUGGUGGUGGAUACUGGGGUCAACGACCACCGCCACCACCGCAAGGUUAUCAAUACGAAUCGUACAGGUCGUCGUCGUCGUCAUCGUCUCAGAGUGAUAGUAGUCAUGUUUUUAGAAACGCUGAGACGACACAGACGUCGUCGACGAAGACUGUGACGUAUGGAUCUGGCGGCGUCACUCGUGUUACCGUUGUUCGUAAUAGUAACAAUGAGGCGCCAUGUGGUUGUGAGGAGGAGGAGGGAGCCAACAAUAAUUAUCCAUAA